UCUCUCCAUCUUCCUCUUUUCUCCAAUCUCCCUCUUCUUCUUCAUCUCUCGCUUCUCCUUUUUUUUUUUCCCUUUCCGACAAACCUAAAACUAAGAUUCUCGCCGUUAAAUCGCUUCCGAAAUUAAUUUAUCACCGGAGAUUCCCCGGACAUGGCCGCGACAUCGAACUCCGGCGAAGAUCCGGCUCUCUCUUACAACCACCGAUCUCCUUUCCGCUUCGAGCUACUCAAAUCUAUGCAACCCACUGAUCCGCUUUACUCUUCAUCAUCGACUCCUUCUUCAACGAAUCGGCCUUUCUCGGUUCCCGAGCCGAUUCCGAAUGCACAAUCUCCGCAAAUUCAAGCUCAGUACUGGGACGACUCCUACUCGCAAAUCACUCAGAAAUUCCAGAAAAGUAGGAAGAAUCAUCGAAUCCAGCUUGGAUCUAUUUGCAACAUGCCUGGAGAAACCAUAGAUAUAGCUAAAGUGACAGUGAAACAAGAAUCUCCUCAAGACACUAAACGUGUGAGCAAGUCAAAGGUUACUAAACAGUCAAAAGCUGGGAAGCGAGAAGCACAAAACGGUGGCGGCACAAACGCGGCGACUAAUAACUGCCGUUAUGAUAGUUCUCUAGGUUUGUUGACAAAGAAAUUCGUCAAUUUGAUUCGGGAAGCUGAGGAUGGAUCACUUGACCUUAACUACUGUGCAGAUGUUUUGGAGGUACAAAAGAGAAGGAUAUAUGAUAUUACAAAUGUCCUCGAAGGAAUUGGAUUGAUAGAGAAAACUACAAAGAACCAUAUCCGCUGGAAGGGUGCUGAAAAUCUUGGGCAGAAGGACCUGGGAGAUCAAAUUUCUAGGCUUAAGUUAGAAGUAGAAAGUAUGCAAUCUGAGGAAAACAGGUUGGAUGACCUUAUAAGGGAAAGACAAGAAGCUCUGAGAUCCUUGGAGGAAGAUGAAUAUUGUAAAAGGUACAUGUUUAUGACGGAGGAAGAUAUAACGAGUCUCCCACAGUUUCAGAACCAGACACUACUUGCAAUUAAAGCUCCUACAGCUAGUUACAUCGAAGUUCCGGAUCCUGAUGAGGUGAUGAGUUUUCCGCAAAGACAAUACCGGAUGGUGAUUAGGAGUAGGAUGGGACCGAUUGAUGUCUAUCUAUUAAGCAAAUACAAAGGAGACAGUGUGGAAACAAGUGAGUCUGAUCAAAACGCCGCGUCUGGAGUGGACACUCCUUCCUUGAAAAUAGUAACUUCAGAUACUGAUUUAAAAACAGAUUACUGGUUCGAGUCAGAUGCAGAAGUGAGCCUCACAGAUUUAUGGAACAACUUUUGCUGAGAAUAUGAAGUCAUUGAAAUCUUAAGCUCCAAUUUCUGGAGGAGGAUGACUGAUAUAAAUUUAUUGUUACUUUUUUACUACGACUUUGAGCCUGAAUACUUAUAGUUUUGCUUCUUUUUUUCUUUUGUUUUAAUAAAAGAUGCCACAUUCUUAUGGAAGGUGUAUUAUGGCUUGGCGAUUAUGUGAUAAACUUUGUAUUUUUAAUAAAAUAUAUAACAAUACAGU